AUGGAUCCCCUCACAUUGAAGAAGCGAGGCUCCCUCCAACGAACUACACGUCAGGCCGUGCGAAAGGAUCGCACUUUCUCUAGCCGGUCAGGAGCUGCCAUUGGCGCACACAGCGGCGAGCGCAACUCCAUUGUUAUCUACGGCCAGAAGAAGGACGGGCGUCGCUCCAUUAGGGCAGGCACGCUGGAAUCUCUGGUGGAGCUCUUGGCCGAGGACGAGCUGGCAGAUCCAGACUACGUGGAAACCUUCAUUGCUACCCAUAACUACUUCAUAGACUCCCAAUCUUUCAUGAGCCGACUGAUGGCCCGAUUCUACGAUGGCGACGACGCACGAGUAGUCGAGGUGUUCGAAAAGUGGAUUAACUGCUAUGGCAGCGAAGACUUCAGUGAGGAGAACCAACUCCUCUUCAACAUGUUCCUCGGCGACCUCGACAGCAAAGGCCUACAGCCGAUUACGACCAAGCUACGGCAGAUGAUACGGGAACAACAGAUCAUCGCCGACAAACGAAAAAACAGGAGGAAGAGGAUGCUGCGAGGGAAGCGGUGGUAA